CUAAAAUGCCCACAAAUGAGUCGGUUCCCAAUCCCCUAUAUUUCACCAAACACGGUUCCGUAAAAGGAAAGCCUUCCUCGCUCUCGCUUUCGCCCUCGCCCUCUCUCAGACUCUGAACCCUGAACCUUAGAAGUCAGUCAUGGCGUUUCCGUAUAUGGAAGCUGUCGUUGGUUUCAUGAUAUUAAUGUAUAUCUUUGAAACUUAUUUGGAUAAGCGACAGCAUGCUGCCCUCAAACUGCCAACCCUCCCAAAACCUUUGGAAGGAUUGAUCAGCCAAGAGAAAUUUGAGAAAUCUCGAGCUUAUAGUCUUGAUAAAAGCCACUUCCAUUUUGUUCAUGAGUUUGUGACCAUACUGAUGGACUCUGCAAUUUUGUUCUAUGGAGUUUUACCUUGGUUUUGGAAGAAAUCAGGGGAAUUUGUGGUGCUAGUUGGCCUCAAUGCAGAGAAUGAGAUACUACACACCCUUGCAUUUUUGGCUGGUGUUAUGAUUUGGUCACAGAUUACUGAUUUGCCAUUUUCUCUGUACUCAACUUUUGUGAUUGAGGCCCGCCAUGGUUUCAACAAACAAACAAUAUGGUUAUUCUUUAGGGACUUAUUCAAAGGAAUUUGCCUUGCUGUUAUACUUGGCCCACCUAUUGUUUCUGCUAUCAUUUUCAUAGUACAGAAAGGAGGUCCUUACCUAGCAAUCUAUCUUUGGGGAUUUAUGUUUGUUCUGUCCAUUGUGAUGAUGACAGUCUACCCUAUUCUAAUAGCCCCAUUAUUCAACAAAUUCACCCCUCUCCCAGAAGGGGAUCUCAGGCACAAAAUUGAAGAGCUUGCUUCCUCCCUCAAGUUUCCAUUGAAGAAGUUGUUUGUUGUUGAUGGAUCCACAAGGUCAAGUCAUAGCAAUGCCUAUAUGUAUGGAUUCUUCAAAAACAAGCGAAUUGUUCUUUAUGACACAUUGAUUCAGCAGUGCAAAAAUGACGAGGAAAUUGUAGCUGUUAUUGCUCAUGAGUUGGGGCAUUGGAAACUUAACCAUACGAUGUACUCAUUUAUUGCUGUGCAGAUUCUUACAUUUCUUCAAUUUGGAGGAUAUACCCUUGUAAGAAACUCAAGUGAUUUGUUUCGAAGUUUUGGGUUUGAUACACAGCCUGUGCUCAUUGGUCUCAUCAUAUUCCAGCACACGGUAAUACCUCUCCAGCACCUAGUAAGCUUUGCUCUAAAUCUUGUGAGCCGAUCUUUUGAGUUUCAGGCUGAUGGCUUUGCUAAGAAGCUUGGUUAUUCUUCUUCACUUCGAGCUGGUCUUGUGAAACUGCAGGAAGAAAAUUUGUCAGCUAUGAAUACUGAUCCUUGGUACUCAGCUUAUCACUAUUCACAUCCUCCCCUUGUUGAAAGAUUGGCUGCACUUGAUGAACAAGAUAAGAAAGAAGACUGAUGUUGGAAACCUUUGAAUCAUAAGCACGGUACUUUGAGCUUUAAGAAUUGUUCCAGAUUGCAUACUUAUAUUACAGGGACCCGGUGUUUUGUGAUUGAUGUUCUACUGGAUGCUCCCUACCCUAAAGAAAUUAGCUACCCCUUCCCCCCAAAUCUCGAGAAACAACUAUUUUUAGGAUUCAACCCCCCCCCCCC